AAGUUGCCAAAGGUUUUUAAAAAGACAAUUUAUUAAGCAAAAAGUGCAGCCUGUCCCUGUGGCCUAGAUUCUUCAUCUCCCUCUCUCUCUCUCUAAUGGAACCGCCCGUGAAGGGUACUGAGUCUGUCAUUGGUUCUAUGGUUCACCCUCGAGUACCAACUAACCUGUGUGUAUAAAAACCAUGAUGCAGGCCUAGUACUAUAAUCAUUCAUCAGUUUAUCACCCAACUUCUAAGCAGCUUCAUCUUCCUCUCACGCUCUCUCUUGAGAAUGUCAAAUCUGCAUUACAUGUCCAAUUUUUUGCUGUUUCUUGUUCUUCUUCUGAUGCAAAAUCCAAGCACAACGCUGUGCCAUACAAAGGGAUUGCGACCAAGGCGUUCUCCUGUGACUUCAUCGACGACCAACAUGAGCCGAAUCCAAUUCUCAGAACAGCAAUUCCUGAAAUGGAUCAAGUUCGUCGGUGGCCUCAGACACUCUGUUUUCGGCAUAGCCAAAAACAAGCUUUUUCCCUCUUACACUCUGCACGUCUCCAAGAAGCCGUCUUCAGGACAAUUUUCGUCAAUUCAAGGCGCAAUCGAUUCACUUCCGUUCCUCAAUCUUGUGAGAGUCGUCCUAAAGGUCCACGCAGGGGUUUACACGGAGAAAGUGAAUAUUCCUCCUAUGAAAUCCUUCAUAACCAUACAAGGAGCAGGAGCAGACAAAACCAUAGUUCAAUGGGGAGACACAGCUCAAACAAAAGGGCCAGAUGGGAAGCCACUGGGAACCUACGGAUCAGCAACAUUUGCUGUAAAUGCGCCAUACUUCAUCGCCAAGAACAUCACAUUCAAAAACACGGCCCCAAUUCCCGCACCAGGAGCAGUGGGGAAGCAAGCAGUGGCAUUGAGAAUAUCAGCAGACACAGCAACAUUUGUAGCAUGUAAAUUCUUAGGAGCACAAGACACACUGUAUGAUCAUGUGGGAAGGCACUACUAUAAAGACUGCUACAUCGAAGGCUCAGUAGAUUUCAUAUUCGGGGACGGCCUGUCUCUGUUCGAGAGAUGUCACGUGCAUGCGAUAGCGCAGAACAUAGGGGCCUUAACAGCACAGGGAAGGAACAGCAUAUUGGAGGACACAGGAUUCUCGUUCGUGCACUGCAAGGUCACGGGUUCAGGGGCACUGUACCUGGGGAGGGCAUGGGGUCCUUUCUCUCGCGUGGUCUUCGCUUACACCAAUAUGGACAACAUCAUCAUCCCCAAAGGCUGGUACAACUGGGGCGACCCUAGCCGUGAAAUGACUGUGUUCUAUGGACAGUACAAGUGCACAGGACCAGGAGCCAGAUUUGCAGGCAGAGUUGCUUGGUCAAGAGAGCUCACUGAUGAGGAAGCUAAGCCUUUUAUUUCACUUAGCUUCAUUGACGGCUUCGAAUGGAUCAAAUUGUAGAACUUCAUCACAUACUGAGUCUUUCUUUCAUUUCUUUUCUCUUUCAAGUUUGAUUUCUUCUUGUGUGACAAUUUUUUUUCCUAUUUAAAAUAAAUAUAAAUAUAUCACAA